AGAUUACAAUAGAAUUAUUAUAAGAAAAGAAAAGAAAAGAAAAGAAAAGAAAAAGAGUUAGAGUAGAUUCCCCCACUAAGCAAGUAACAAGUCACACAAGAGGGGAAAUAGAAUAGAAGAGACUUCCAGUAACACAAGCCUCCCACGCAUUUUGCUUCGUUGUUCCGUGUGCUCUCCGAAACCUCGUUCCGCUGCAGAAUCUUACUCUGCUCUUUUCACUAUGGAUAUCGAGGAAGACAUCCGUUCUUUGCAGCUUGACUCAGCAGCAGAAGACAAUAAUGGGGUGGUAAUUCCAGAUGAUGUAAAGCCAGAAGAAGUUGAUAAAUCUGAAAAGAUUGAAGAAAUUGAGAAAUCUAAUGAGAUGGAUGAAGAUCCAAAGCAGGAGGUUCAGGCACAGCCUAGCCAGGCUGAGCCAACAGUGAGAAAUAGAGAAAUUCCUCCUGUACAAGAUCAACAAGAUGAGCUUGACAACCAAAAAAGGCACUUGAAUGUUGUAUUCAUUGGCCAUGUUGAUGCUGGUAAGUCAACAACCGGAGGCCAGAUACUUUUCCUCAGUGGUCAGGUUGAUGAAAGGACUAUACAGAAAUAUGAGAAAGAAGCUAAAGAUAAAAGUCGAGAAAGCUGGUAUAUGGCUUAUAUAAUGGACACAAAUGAGGAGGAGAGAGUGAAGGGAAAAACAGUUGAAGUUGGAAGAGCUCAUUUUGAGACAGAGUCAACACGGUUUACUAUUUUGGAUGCACCUGGUCACAAAAGCUAUGUUCCUAACAUGAUUAGUGGUGCAUCUCAAGCCGAUGUUGGAGUGUUGGUAAUUUCUGCUCGAAAGGGAGAAUUUGAAACUGGAUACGAGAGAGGUGGACAAACUCGUGAACAUGUCCAGCUUGCAAAAACAUUGGGUGUGACUAAGCUGCUUGUUGUUGUAAAUAAAAUGGAUGAUCCAACUGUGAAUUGGGCAAAAGAAAGGUAUGAUGAGAUUGAGUCAAAGAUGAUUCCAUUUUUGAGACAAUCAGGGUACAAUGUGAAGAAAGAUGUCAUGUUUUUGCCAAUAUCUGGGCUGAUUGGCACCAACUUGCAAACAAGAGUGGAUAAAAGCAUUUGCUCAUGGUGGGAUGGCCCUUGCUUAUUUGAAGCGCUUGAUGCUGUUGAAGUUCCUCUACGAGAUCCCAAUGGUCCUUUCAGGAUGCCUAUACUUGAUAAAUUCAAAGACAUGGGAACUGUCGUUAUGGGGAAAGUGGAAUUUGGCAGUGUCCGAGAGGGAGAUUCCUUGUUGGUCAUGCCUAAUAAGGAUCAAGUUAAAGUUGUUGCUGUAUUCAUUGAUGAAAAUCGGGUUAGGCGUGCAGGACCCGGUGAAAAUUUACGGAUUAGGUUAUCGGGUGUUGAAGAGGAGGAUAUAUUAUCUGGGUUUGUCCUGUCUAGUGUUGCAAAUCCAGUACCAACUGUUAUUGAGUUUGUUGCUCAGCUGCAAAUCCUUGAAUUGCUGGACAAUGCUAUUUUUACUGCUGGGUACAAGGCUGUAUUGCAUAUACACUCUGUUGUUGAAGAAUGUGAAAUUGUUGAGCUGUUACAGCAAAUAGAUCCAAAGACAAAGAAACCAAUGAAAAAGAAAGUGCUAUUUGUGAAGAAUGGUGCUGUUGUUGUGUGCCGUGUUCAGGUUACUAACACGAUAUGUGUUGAGAAGUUUUCUGAUUUUCCGCAACUAGGGAGAUUCACUCUUCGCAGUGAAGGAAAAACUGUCGCGGUGGGAAAAGUCACUGGUGUGUGAAUUUCUAACAAUUUUGUCUAGAGGAUGGGAUUCUUGCACAGAUAAGUAGAUUUGCAGCGUUGAGGCUUUGUCGACAUCAUCGAGUUACAAAUAUAUUUAUUUAAAAUAGUUACUUUUCCUUCCACCAGAGGCAGAUAUUUAUAGACACGCUGCUACCAUGUACUUGUAAGUUGUAUGAUGCCUAGAAAGGCCUUGCUUGGCUGGUUCAGUAUCUUUCCGGUGGUUUUGGAUCAAUCCACCUUAGUUCGUAGCAGCAGAAUCAUAUGAUUCUCAUAUUUUGACACAAUUAAACAAAUCUCCAAUCCACAGUUGACCAGUAUAUUUAUUUUUAUGUUAUGUGAUUUUACUCUAUGGUGUAUUCUCUUGUGAAAUUUUUAUGAUGAAUUUUCAAGUGGGUUACCACCGUCUAUAGUGGUUAA